AUGGCGCUGCAAGACGAAGUCGCGUCGGCGCGCUUCUUCUGCGAGGAGCUGGAAGAGGACCUAACAUCCCAGAUCCACGAGCAGCCUCCGCCGGAGACCGCUCCCGACCAGCCGCUCUCCGCCGCCGCGCAACAAGCUGUGGAUCUCAUUACGCGCAACGUCGUGGGCCGCCAGACACUAUUCGAGUCUCCGUUUGGGUCCCGCGUGUUAUGCUACGCUGACUUUACAGCCAGUAGCAAGCCGCUGCAAUGCGUGGAGGACUAUCUGAACAGAGAGGUGAUGCCUCUGUACGGCAACACGCACACCACGACGUCCAUCACAGGCCUACAGACCACGUGCUUCCGUCACGAAGCUCGCCAGAUCGUAGCACAGGCUGUCAACGCCAAGAUUACGGGCCGUGGCGCCGAAGACUGCGUGUUAUUCACGGGUCAAGGCAGCACCAGCGCCAUCAACAAGCUCGUACAGGCUCUAGGGCUGCAACAAUUCAGCAUCAACGCCUUGCCCGACCAGAAACCCGUCGUCUUCGUCGGUCCCUUUGAGCACCACUCGAAUCUGCUGCCCUGGCGUGAGAGCGCGGCUGAAAUCGUUACAAUCCCGGAGAAUGAGCACGGACAGAUGGAUCUAAAGGCGCUGGAGACGCAGCUACAGAUGUACGCGGCGCGUCCACUCAAGAUCGGAGCCUUCUCGGCCGCGUCCAACUUGACCGGCGUGCUCGCCGACGUGGACGCCGUGUCUGCGCUCUUGCAUCAGCAUGGCGCUCUGGCCUGCUGGGACUACGCGACGUGCGCGCCCUACGUCAACAUCGACAUGAACCCCGUGGUGACGGACGAGACGCGCCGUCCGUUCGUCUACAAGGACGCCGUGUUCAUCUCCGGCCACAAGUUUAUCGGCGGACCGGGAUCUCCUGGUGUCCUGAUUGUCAAGAAGCGUCUGCUGACAAACGCAGUUCCUACGGUUCCUGGCGGCGGCACAGUGUUCUUCGUUACCGAGAACGAUCACCGCUAUCUGUCGAACCGGGCGGAGCGUGAAGAGGGCGGCACUCCCGAUAUUCUAGGCAGUAUCCGUCUAGGUCUUGCAUUCGAACUCAAGCAGCGUGUAGGCACCAAGAACAUUAUGAUUCUAGAGCGACGUAACGUGCAGCGCGUGCGUGAAUCUCUGCAGCAGAACAAGAACAUCGUGCUGCUAGGACGUCAAGACAGCGCGGUGGAGCAGAUCCCCGUGUUCUCGUUCCUCGUGCGCUUCGGCGACCGCUUCCUGCACUACAACUUCGUGUGUGCCUUGCUGAACGAUCUCUUCGGAGUCCAGACACGCGGUGGCUGUCAAUGUGCCGGUCCGUACGCCACGCGUCUGCUGGGUCUAGCACGUCGCGAUGUAUUGGCACUGGAAAGCGCUCUGAUCGACAAGAAGGAGAUGCUGCGUCCUGGCUUCACACGUAUGAGUUUCCCGUACUUUAUGAGCGAUGCAGAGCUCGAGUACGUGCUGAGUGCUGUCAACGUUGUGGCUACGGACGGCUGGAAGUUCCUGCCGCAGUACAAGUUUAACCACAAGAGUGGCGUGUGGAAACACUGGACGCGCUUCACCAAGUUCCCGGACCGCAAGUGGAUCUCUCACUUCGCCACGGCGUUGGAGGACAAGACGCGAUCCAAGAGUCUUGAGGACGACGAGGGAACGCUGGCUGUUCACCGAGCUGAGAACUUGGCUGAAGCACGUCGACUAGCGGAUCAAGUGAGUGCAAAGACUGUUCCUUCUCAAGUGGUGGCGGCGUCGGCUGCACAGAUGCUGGAGCAGACGGACGACGAAGCUCUACGUUGGUUCGUGUAUCCUUCCGAGGCGGUGGAAGCCCUCAAAAAGGGAGAAAAACCAACCGUGACUGAAGUUAUCCGUGGUCCGUACCAACCUGCACGGUAUCUAACGGGAGAGCUGAAGGAUCAGUGGACGGAUGUCACUCCUCGUAGCUCUACUCCUGUCUGUGGACUUACGACGUGUCCCGUUCCAGCUCCAGCUAACACCAAUAACGGCCGGGAGACUGGAGGCAAGUACCCUCUUCGCUCGACCAAUGCCACUGAUGUUGAAACUCCAGCAACCACACAGACCAACGUCAGUUGCAACACUGGCCUCUGUGGAGUUCGUACAGCUCCGACCUGCUCGACGGCAACGACGGUACAGGAGACGACCACAGCCAUGACGGAAAAGACGACAAAGACCAAGCUGUUCCCCACUCCACCGAAGAAACUCCUGCGUUGGGUGGGUCAGGCUUUGAUGCAGUGGGAUAUGAUUCAAGAAGGAGAUCGACUGCUGCUGGGUGUGUCGGGCGGCAAAGACUCGCUCAGUCUGUUGCAUGUGCUCCUGCGCUUCCAGAAACGCGCUCCUGUCCGCUUCGAACUCGCCUGUGCGACGGUGGACCCACAGACGCCGUCGUUCGACCCGAGUCCACUGAAGGAAUACAUGCGAGCGCUGGGCGUGGAGUAUCACUAUCUGUCGGAGAACAUCAUUGAACGUGCGACGUGUGAGAUGAACGGGGACUCGCUGUGCAGCUACUGUUCGCGUAUGAAACGCGGUGUUUUAUACUCUUGCUGCCGUAAAUUCGGCUUCAACAAGCUGGUCCUGGCUCAGCAUCUUGACGAUCUGGCCGAGAGUUUCUUCAUGUCGGCCAUGCACAACGGACAGCUGCGUACGAUGAAGGCCAAGUACUGGAAUGACCAGCGCGACGUGGAAGUUCUGCGUCCUCUGGCUUAUGUGCGUGAGGUUGAGCUCAAGAAAUUCGCGUAUGACUCGCGUCUACCCGUAAUUAACGAGAACUGUCCCGCGUGCUUCGAAGAGCCGAAGGAGCGUCACCGAGUCAAGAAGAUGCUGGCUCAAGAGGAGAGUCUCUAUCCAGAUAUGUACAACAGUCUGCGUCGCGCUCUGUUGCCGCUCAUGGACGAUGCCAGCUACGCUCCUCUAGAGGCAGUACGGGCUCGUGUAGAACAGGCCAAGCAGGAACGCAAACGUGCUCCGUCCAGCAAGAGCAAAGGCCAGAACAACGCGGUGAAAACGAAGGCAAAUGACUCGAAUGAGGCGUCUACGGGCAGCUCUACUGAAGAAGAGACGAGUGAGGGUGGCGCAAGUGGCGCUGAAGCUCCUACGACGCCGUAG